AUGGCUACUUUUGAGAGCAUAAGACAACCCGCCGAUGUUCUCGACGCCUCCCCACAAGCACCACUGUUAUCUCCACCGUUCCCUACGACGCCGUUACUGCGUCCGUGCACCCGACAUCCCCCAGGAAGGUCUCGUCCCAGCUUUCCCCCCGAUGUAAAUAACGUGAAGACCUCGAGUAACGGCCCUAAUGAUGAUAAUUCAUUACUGCCCGAGGAUGUGAGAAGUCGGUUGUCGCAGUAUUCCCUCACGCCGGAACCAACCCGCGGGCACAGAAAGACAACCACGCACAGUCUUCCAAAAAAUAAGACCCAGUUCAUCAUCUCGCUGAAGGAGGAGCUGAAGAAGCACAACAUAAUCCCUGCCAACUUCAACAAACUCGGCUUCUUCGAGGAGCUGUACAAACUGCUGGCGGACGACAUGUGGGAGAUCCGCAACGAGGCCACGCUGCUCAUUCUCGACCUGCUUCCAUACCUCAAGAAUGACGUCGACAGCUGUAUGUCUAUUGUUCUUCCUAACCUCGUACCAAACCUGGGCGACAGCCGCAUUAGGCUCCAGAAGUCUAGCGUGCAGCUACUCAGAACCUACGCCACUGUAAGUAAGGAUAAGGAGGGUCUUGUUGAAGACCUCGUAACAUACGGCAUCAACCACAAGAGUAAGAAGAUUAGCAGAUCGGCCACACUAAACGUGAUUCACCUCAUCACAGAUGAUUUCUCCAGCGUCGACCUCUCCUAUUUGGCCCAGGCCCUCUACAAGAAGGUCUACGACCCUGACUGGACCAGAGUGCCAAGAGACAGAAGUGACGACGGAGGCAACGACGACGACGAGGAUGUGGUAAUAUCAAGCAGAGGAGAGCGGACCGCCAGCCACGACAUAGAAGCACUACGCGGCCAGGGAGGGAUGCAGUUCGGCAUUAUUGACGACGCCAUCAUGGAGAAAAUACGACACCCGACGGACUGGAAGACGCGUUCAGAAGGCUGUGAACAACUGCGGUUGGUGGUCAAGUCUCUGGAUGACAUAACUACCUUUCUGCCACAUCUUUCAAACUUCCUCUCACUCCUUGACUCCCUCAUCGACGACAACAACUUCAGGAUAUCCAUGACGGUUCUCGAUAUCUUCCGCUUAUUGAUAGAAAAUCUCGAUACGGAACUUCUCACAUACCUCCGACAGAUAGUUCACUCGGUCGUCAAACAUGUCGGGGAUUCUAAAGUAGUGGUGAGGAUCGAGAACAUGAAGGUAUUCCAGAAGCUUCUACAAAAUGCCACCCCGGCGGCUGUCAUUCCCAUCCUGUGUGAUAAUUUAGGUCAUAAGUCGUCGAGGGUGAGGGAAGACUGCCUCAACUUCAUCAUCUACGCCCUCAUGACCUUCCCCAGCUAUGAGUUUGAUCUGGUGUACCUGGCGGAGAAGGUGAGCGUUAGUGUGGUGGAUCCGAAGCGUCGCGUCCGUCAGGCAGCUCUCGAGUGUGUGGCGGCCAUCGCUCAGUUCCUCGGACCCGCUAAGUUGGGGCCACUCAUGGCAGCUGUUGACAGGAUCGAGGAUAAUGAGGAGAUGGACGGGGUCAUGGAGGCGGUGCAGGCUAGGCUUGCCAGACGUCAGUUGCCGAGGGUGACCCCAGAUGGACUUAUCGAGUACUCUCUGGUGGUGCCCUCCGCCUCUAAAAGGAAUAAUCGUGCUCUUCCAAAAGGUGCUGACGUUGACUGGGUGCUAGCAGGAUCAGGCAGCAUCACGCCUGCCAACCUCUCUGUCAGUGGGUCAUUCUCCUCCUCGCUGUCAGCAUCUUUCACCGCCUCUGAUUCCUAUGUCAACACCCUCGCUUACGCUCACCCGCAGUCCUCACCCUCUCCUCGACCCAGGGCUGUGACACACGAGGAGAGUCUUCAUAGAAAACGUUCCUUCUCUGAUGUGGCGCUCAACAGAGCUGAUGAACGAGGCCUGGCGCUGUGGACGACGGACACACUUGACCUCAGUAGAACAGCGCCCUCUGACUUAGGCGGCUAUCGUGGGGUGUACCUGGGCAAACUGCGGCAGGGCUCCUCAUACACCCGCGGCAUCAACGUCGAUAAAGUUCAACAGUGGCUUGAAGAGUAUAAUAUAUUAGUUAUUUCGCCGCUGCCUAACAAGUACGGCGGCGGUAAUGGACUGCAGCGUUUCGGGGAGAGACCUGCGCAGUCGCCUUCACUACACCGCAGGAUCAACGCCCUGGCCCCCCUAGACCAAGGUGAUAACUUGGUGACGGUGUCGAGGGCAGGAUCUCGUAGCGUCAUCCCUCCAUUGUCGGCAGUGUCCAGACGCUCAGCCAUAACCACCAGUAAGCAGGAUUCACAGUCGGAUCCUGACGAUGAGUUGGAUGAGGAGGAGAAGUCGGAGGGAUAUUAUUAUGAGGAGAAUGAAGACGAGGAGGAAGAGAUAGAAGAGGAAGAAGUGGAGGAGGAGGUGCUGGCAGAGGACGACACCGUUUCUCGCCCCAAGAGUUCAGCUACCACGCGGGAUAGUGGUAUCUCCGUUUUCUCUGCCUCCAAUGACGGCGACGACUUCACAGAGAACGGAAAGGAUGAGGCGAAACUCUCAGCGAAGAGCAUGAGGGACGCCCAUAGGCUCGUGCAGGCCAAGGGCUCCACCUCCUUCGUCGACGACCACGGGCGGUCAUCAUAUGACAUCGGAGUGUCCCGGGGUCGCAAGGUAGGGGACUUGCCGUCCCCGUCCACCCAUUCUCUCCCCAAUGAGUCCCUCCGGAACACUGGCUUCGGCGUCGUCGGCAAGAACGUGGGAGGAGGUAUGGUCAACAGGUCGCGCAACACACCAGGGAGCGAGAAAGAAUUCCGUCACUUUGACUAUGAGAGUGACUUUGAGACUGACGAGGAGGAUCCCAACAACAUCACGCUGGCGAACACGACGCUGACAAAGAUGAAACUACUGAAGAAGAAGCGGGAAAACCUUAAAGAGAUCGAACGUCGCCGUCAGGAGCGGGACAACAAGAGAACGCAAGAGGAAAGAGCCAGGAAAUACCGCCAACUGGAGCUACAACAUAGUCAGGACUCCCUCCAGCCUUCCAGAGCCAGCAGUAGUGAAUCUAACCUUGCUGUUCGCCCCAACUUAAGUUAUAGGGGUCGAAAUCCUACAUCUAUUCCGCACCCCAAUUCACAAAGCAACAUCAAGCCCAGUCCUCGUCCAAGUCCCCGGCCCAGCCCUUCUCCUAACCCUCCAGUUCAACAAACGAUACCCAAGAGCAAGAGUCACAAUAGUAACUUCAGCAAGAGUGUAGGUCGAGGCGGUGUUAGUACGGAGAAGCGUCACCGUUCUCUGGAGAGGCAUGACCCACAUACUAAUGCUGCUCACACUAGGGAGACCUUCAGGACGCCUCAACUAGUAAAACGAGGACAACCUCCUGCUGGUGGCAGCUCAGGCAAUAACCUCAGCAACAGCCUAGGCAGUAGCGGUGGCACCACCUCCUUUACAAGACGCCACCAAAGACGUCUCCCAGAGAAAAACUCAAAGCGUGUGGAGGUGUCAAGUAAUCCAAGCCCUGGCCAACCAAGGCUACGGCAAGAGAAAGUGCGAAAUUUUACGCCUCCUGACAAAUCCAGCCCAGUAGCUGUAGGACAGCAGCGACCUCAGCUCAAACAUCAUUUAGCUCCUCAAUUGAGUGCAGAGUCCAGAUCUUCAGAUCACAUUUCAUCCCCCAUGAUAUCUGUUGGGCUGCGGACCUCAAAGCCAGCCUCUUCGUGCUUUAAGGCGCAUCUUGAGCCUUUUGCUCAUCCCGGUGAUGCCUUGAAAAAAGCUCAUCAGCAGCUCAGUUCAGGGGACUGGGAGAACCAGGUUGAUGGGAUUGAUUUGUUGGUGAGAUUGAAUGAACACCAUCCUGAGGUCCUCCAGUCUAACUUGCAUAUGAUCAAUUUAGAACUUCUGAAGCAAGCCAAGAAUCUCCGCUCCCAAGUUUCUCGUGCUGCCAUCCAAGCAUUUACACGUCUCUUCGAUACUAUGAAGAGGAGCAUGGAAUCUGACUCAGAGAAGAUUGUUAGUGUGCUGUUGCACCGGUCAGCAGACACCAACAAGUUCCUACAGUUGGACAGCCAUCAUGCUCUGGAUGCUCUCGUGGAAAAUAUCUCACCUUCGAAGUCUAUUCCAGCCAUCAUUCAAGAAGGGCUCAGUCACAAGAAUGCUGCAGUACGAACAACUCUUGCUCGACUGUUGGCAUACGAGGUGGAGAGACUAGGGCCAGGUCGAGUACUAUCGGGGCAGAAGGAUAUAACUGAACGUAUUUUACCAGCUGCUGCCAAACUGGCGCAGGAGGGCAGCUUAGAGACUAGGCAAUAUGCAAAGCAGAUCUUCCAGUUGUUGAUCCAACAAGGACAGUUUGAUGCUGCUCUGAAGAAGUAUGUAUCAUCCAAUGAAAUCCAAAACAUACAGAAAUUCCUGGAUAAUUUGACGAGUGAGGGUCGUACUAUUCAUGAAUCUGCCCGUUCCAAGUAUGGUACCGGUUCCCGUUACACCCGGACAAUGUGAACAUGGUAACAUUAUUAAGAGCUAUAUUCAGAACUUUAUUCCCCACACAGUAUAUCAAAUGAGAGCCUACUGUGAGGAAUGAGAGGAUGGGAUGCUCGUGUACAGUGAGGAACAGAUGUGGCAUACCACCUCAUAAUAGCAACAGUUUAUUGUUGUAAUUGUUUUAUAUAAUCUUUUAUGGGAAAGACCUGAAGAGAAAGGGACAGAGACAAAUUAUUCAAAGGAGAAAAACUUAAUUUGAUUGAGGGGAAAAUAUAGAAGAUACAGUAAAUGGGUGAAUUCAGAAGAAAAUGACUUAGGAGUGAAACUGAACCAAUAAAAAAAGUUUGUUCAUGAAUGCAGAAAACACUUAACUUUUGAGACAGAUUUUGCAUAUUUUGCUUCAAGAAUAGAGAUACUGUAAAUCGUUAACACUGGUUUUACAUAAUGAGCAAAUUGAAUUAUAGUGCCUCGUACAGUACAUAUUAACCAUUAAACUAGGAGUAAGGUGUAUUUAAUCCAAAGACUAUGUAAUCAAGAUUAUUUUUGGCUCGAAGCUUAAACCCAUAAUAAAACAGUACUACAGUAUAUUGAAAUUAUACCUCUUUCAUGUGGCUGUUUUCUGUUGUUACCUUUUAACUGAUAAUUUAUACUGUAUAAAUAUAUACACAGGUAUCCAUCGUUUAGUGAUGGUUUACAUAUCGAUUUACAAAUUAUAACACCCUUUUUUGCUUAACGAUCUGUAAUUUUCAGUUAGCGAUCUUCAACUCACUGAGAAAAUUUUGAGAGGGAAAUCAGAAAAAUUGGGGAUUCUGUGUUCCAAGUGAGCAUCAUUACAUUACUGUAAUGUGGCUUACGUUUUUUACUUUUACUUUUAUCCUCUUCACCACUAAUCGGCUCGUUAGCCGCUUGGGUGAUCAGUCACGUCUCUGUUAAUUUUCCUUUUCUUUUAUUCUCU